GUUGUGUAAUAAAAACAUUUAAAAGUCUUUCUCUCUUUAGUACAAACCAACGCAAGAAAAGUCAAAUCGACGACUAAACCAAAAAGAGAGAAAGAGAGAGUCUUUUGGUGGUAAUGGUGUUCAACAGCGCGGCGGUUGUGGCGAUCGCCGACGUCUCAACGGAGACAUGGCAGCUGAUGUGGAGGAUACCGUCGUCGCAGAGGAUCAACACGCGGCAGCUUGUGGACAUGGCGGUUUGCUACCCGAUGUAUCAGUUGAGUCGUUUGGUUCUCUGUUUAUGGACUUUUAUGUGUCUCCCUCCUGAUGAUUCCUUCUACUCCUACACCUACCACAACGAAUCUCACUCCUCUUCUUCUUCUUCUUCUUUGUCUGAUGAUGCUGAUGAUGAAGAUCGACUUGCUUUUGAGCAUAAUCUCUAUCAGAAUCAUCGUGUUUAUGAUUCUGAUGAUGAUGAUGAUGAUGAUCGAUCUUCUUCUUCUUCGUUUGAUGACUAUUACAGUCCGUACUCCCAUUAUGAUUGACUUUUCUAAGCUGAUUGAUUAGGUGAUGAUGAUGAUGAUGCCUCUCUGUUUAUUGAGAAAAGUUAUAAUCUUUUUUUUUGUUGUUGUAUAUGAUUACGCUUCUUGGAUGUUCAGAAUAUAAAAGACAGAUCAUACAAAGUCAAUAAAGUUUCCAGUUUCAAUUUGA